AGUGACGUCACCCCGCGGGCCGCGUGUGCAGAGACGAGAAGCAAUGGCGACGCUAGGAGCUGCGCGGCGUUCAGCCCUCUCGUUCCGCAGGGCGCUCACGGGAGACCUGUUGGGCAAACACCAGGCCGCGCUACCUGCCGCGCUCUCCGUGCGAUGGCUCAACCUGCAAGAGUACCAGAGCAAGAAGCUCAUGGCCGAAUACGGGGUCACGGUCCAGCGCUUCGACGUCGCCGGCUCGGCUGAGGAGGCCCUGGACGUCGCCAAAAAACUCAAGGCUCGCGAGCUCGUUCUGAAGGCUCAGAUCUUGGCGGGAGGUCGAGGCAAGGGCUCCUUCAGCAGUGGGCUCAAGGGAGGUGUUCACCUCACCAAGGAUCCUCAGGUGGUGAAAGACCUUUCUGCAAAAAUGCUCGGCUUUAACCUCGUCACAAAACAGACCCCCAAGGAAGGCGUUUGUGUUUCAAAGGUGAUGAUCGCGGAGGCGUUGGACAUCUCCAGGGAGACCUAUCUCGCCAUCCUCAUGGACAGGACCUUCAACGGACCCGUGCUCGUCGGCAGCCCUUGCGGCGGGAUGGACAUCGAAGAGGUCGCCAAAAAUAACCCCGAACUCAUCUUCAAGGAGGCCAUAGACAUCGUGGAAGGCAUCAAGGAUCAGCAAGCCUUGCAGAUGGCCAAAAACCUGGGCUUUAAAGGCAAGCUUGAGAAACAGGCCGCCGAACAAAUAAAGAAGCUCUACAAGUUGUUCCUCAGCGUGGAUGCCACACAGGUUGAGAUAAACCCAUUUGGCGAGACCCCCGAUGGCCAAGUGGUUUGCUUCGACGCCAAGAUCAACUUUGACGACAACGCCGACUACCGGCAGAAGAAGAUCUUCGCUAUGGGCGACAUUUCCGAGAGCGAUCCCAUCGAGGUGGAGGCGGAGAAGCACAACCUCAAGUACAUCGGGUUGGACGGAAACAUCGCCUGCUUUGUGAAUGGGGCUGGCUUGGCUAUGGCCACCUGUGACAUCAUCGACCUGCACGGAGGCAAGCCGGCCAAUUUCCUCGACCUGGGGGGAGGCGUGCAGGAGAACCAGGUCUACAUGGCCUUCAAGCUGCUCACCAAUGACCCCAAGGUGAAGGCGAUCCUGGUGAACAUCUUCGGGGGCAUCGUGAACUGCGCCAUCAUCGCCAACGGGAUCACGCGUGCGUGCCGCGAGCUCAACCUCACGGUGCCGCUCGUCGUGCGGCUGGAAGGAACCAACGUUCACGAAGCCAAGAAGAUUCUGGCGGACAGCGGGCUUCCGAUCAUGGCCGCCAACGAUUUGGACGAUGCUGCUCGCAAAGCUGUCGCGUGCGUCGCUUAAUUUGUGGGGGUACUUCUGUGUGUAUCCCCCGCCCCGCCUCCCCUUCCCCACAACUUCUUCCCCUCGGGAGCCCAGGAAAUCUUCUUGAUAAUCUUCAACUUCGGCCAGAGAUAUGCAGCCGUCCUAUUCCAGCCUUCACUCUCACUGACGAUGAUGGGGGAGCGUCUCGGAUCUUAGGUGGAAGUCCGUGAGCAAAUAAAUGUAUGCAUGCAUGUGGCAGCAAUGUUAUGUACAUCUUUAAGCGGCCAAAUUACGGCAAUGAGAAGACUGCUUCUAAUGAGAAGACUGCUUCUCAAUAAAUGUACGUGAAUGUAAGCGGCCGGAGAAAUGAAUGAAGGUCGAUACUUCGUGCCGCUGAGCCAGUUUGCACAAUUUUUUAUCGUUUGAUUACCCCGAGGCUUCCAAAUAAUUGUGCGUGUGAAAUGACCAAAGUGCAAUGUCUGAUGCUGAGAGAAAAAUACAUACCGUUGAUUAUAAUCAGCACAAGUAGACUUAGUGGGCUGGUGAUGUCGUCCAAAUACCGAACUGUAUUAAACUACCUGAAUAUCGAAUUUAAUUAAUAUCACUCAGCAUUGCUACAAACUUCCAUUUUUACCAGGUCCCCGUUGCAGAAAGGUUACCACACAUCUCCAUGAGCUGUCGCCUGGUUAUAUAAAGGACUGUAGCUCGAAGUUUAUUUCUAUGAUAGAAAAGUUUCAGCUUACUUUUGAAGUGACUUGUGUGUAACUUUCGAAAGGCGAAGCAAGCAAUCACGAGACCAGCAGGCGGUCCCAACACUUAACUUGCACUAGAAAGCUAGCGAGAGCCGUCGUGAUUUGCACGUGCGAAUCUCUGAUCCGUCUCUCUGCUUUUACGUUUCGUCGCCUAAGCGUUUGUCAAAAUACAGGGCUUCCAGUGUGUCUCGCCAUUAUUGCGAGCCGUCGUCAUUGCGGUAAGGAGGGCGUAAAAGGUGCAGGCUUGGAUUUUCUUGCUUUACCCCAUUGUUGUUGGAAGUGCCUUCAUGAGACAACGCUCUUAGCGAGAGCCAUUCUAAGAGGGUCUGUAGGGAAAGGUGGGAGAGGGAGUACCCCACAUGUUACUGCACCAGACAUGACCUCUGAACUGUGGUGGAGCUAUUUUAUGUUCCUGGGAUGGACAGGGGCGGUGGGAUUUAAGAAGCAUUGGAACGAUGCAGAGAAAAUAAAACAACAAUAAUGUAUGUACGAUGAUAUUCUGUACAAUAUGAAAACUGCAUUUUUUAAAUGUGUUUGUAUAAAGCAAUGCACUGUGGUUAACACGCAAAAAAACCUGACGUUAAGUGUUGCACGUGAGAGCCCAAAAGGAAGCUGAUAUAAUAACAUGAAAAAAAGAGUUCUUCGUAUGCUACGUUCAAGGUCACUCGGCAGUUUGGAUAUAAUUUUACAUUUAAAUUGGCAUGCAUUAGACUCGCUCUGCGGGGCACACAUUACAGCGCUAACAUGUUGAUUGAUGCCUGUGUUUAUUUUAGAGCUGUUGAAUGAUGUCUAAUUGAAAGCCAGUUGCCUGUAAAGAUCUGUAAGGCAAUAAAUAGUCGGUAACAUUGCGGCUUGUUGGCUGUUUAACGUCACGUUUUAUUUGUAAAUGCAUCAAGUUAAAAUAUUGGACAGCUUGCUCUCUGAGCACAAUGUUGAUUGCCUUAACAGGACCAAAACUUUAACUCUAAUCUCUAAUACAUUGCAAAAUUAAUUUUACGAUUACUGAAGCCUCGGCAAUGUUGUGAAGGUGGCAUUGCGUCAUCAGGGCUGGGCAAGAGGCCCCUGGCCGCGACCAGAGACACUUUUAGAUUUUCCAGCAGUGUGGUCGCCAUUACUCCUUGUUUCGUUGUUUUCAUUCGUGAUGAAUGAGAUAACUUGAUGAAUGCAAUUGCUCUUCAUAAAAAAAACUUGUCCUCCAAAAGUGCCUUUUUUUAUGUGUCGCUUGCACGCGCAAAGGGGAAAUAAAUGUAAUUUGUGUGUUUUUUUCUGGACUAUAUAUCAUACACAGAACGUUUUGCGUCCUUUAAUAAAUUACAAAUUGCUUGCCAUUAAUCUGGAAUGUAAUGGUCUGCUAAUGAUUUUUUUCUCUCUAAGGAAAUUGUGAACAAUCUACGGCUAACUCUUCACGUGGGCAACUGUGGGGUAAUCUUGAGAGUAAGAAUGUUGCUCAUUCCUUUUGAUCCGAGUCCCAUCGCACCACCUUACUCAUUUCACGGCGUAUCAUUCCCAUGCUGCCUUCUGAAUACAGAUGUCAGAAAUGCCUUUACGUUUGGUGGAACAAGUGUUUAUUUCGCAAGUCCCAUAAAGAGAUGUAAUAUAUGCACGCCCCUCUGCAACCCCAGAAAUGAAAUGUAAAACUGUGCUCAUUAUUACCUAGCAUUCCAUUAGCACUGUGUACAAAUUUGAAUAAUUAUCAUGGAACUGAAAAUGUAAAAAAAUUGGAUGGAAAGAUCCGUUGGGAUGCACGCGUUUCCUGCAGAGGGAAUUCUGGACUUGAAAAGAAAGUCUUUAAAUUAGCCACUGUGGGUGUGUUUCAAUUGCUCUGUUACAGUGUAACACGGUGUCCUGCUCGUGUGAGCCACGACGAUGAUGAUGGUGCUGUUGGUGUUGUAGCUGGAUUCGAACUCUUGAUAUAUGAGACUCGUGCCCAUGUUUCAUGAAAGAUGCGACCCAAAUAGCCACGCUCUCUGGCAAACCUUGAACACAUGCCCAGGUAGGGGAUGCUUGUGUCUUUUUAAACAGAAGGAUUUUAAUGUGAUUCUUAUAUCUUUUCGUCAUCGUCUGACUGUUGAAUUAGCGCGUGGUAAAUCGUUUAGUGUCAGAAGGUUGUGUAGUUUGAGAGCCAGCGUGUGAGCUGGCUGUUGAUGCAUUAUGACAAUGAACGAACAUUUGCAUCACAAUCUUGAGAAAUGUGUGCCAUUGUUAAGGCUUUAAUGUGGUUUCAAUGCAAUUGAAUGAAUUUCCACAGCUUUUAAUCAUUCUAAAAAUUGUAAUGCUUUAUUCAGUGUCAAAAGAUUAUAGUGUUUGCUUAACAAAUGGCUCGCGUUGUAUCUGUGUGCUCUCUUCCAUGAAACACGCAUUAUUUUUACAAUGUGAAACGUCGUAAUCAGUUUAAACCACAAAUCACCUAACGUUUUUUGAGUAGUAUUGAUUUUGGUUGCUAACCACUUACAUAAUGGGUAAUUAACGUUACUGUGUCAAUCUGUAUUCAUUAUUUUCUCUUAUUGGAUUUCAGUUAUUUGGUUUUGGUUGGGGGGGGGG